GGCCACCGACGCCCGAUGGACCUCCAAUGUCACCCAACGGACCUCCGAUGUCACCCAAUGGACCUCCGAUGUCACCCAAUGGGCCAUUGAUGUCACCCAACGGACCUCCAAUGUCACCCAAUGGGCCAUUGAUGUCACCCAACGGACCUCCAAUGUCACCCAACAGACCUCCGAUGUCACCCAAUGGGCCACCAAUGUCACCCAACGGACCUCCAAUGUCACUCAAUGGCCCACUGAUGUCACCCAAUGGACCUCCAAUGUCACCCAAUGGGUCAUUGAUGUCACUUAAUGGGCCACUGAUGUCACCCAAUGGGCCUCCAAUGUCACCCAAUGGGUCACCGAUGUCACCCAACGGACCUCCAAUGUCACCCAGUGGGCCACUGAUGUCACCCAACGGACCUCCAAUGUCACCCAAUGGGCCACCGAUGUCACCCAACGGGCCACUGAUGUCACCCAAUGGGCCACCGUCGCUCUUGGGACACGUGCCACCCAACAGGCCACCAAUGCCACCCAACGGGCCACCAACGUUACCCAAUGGGACUCCAACGUCACCCAACAGGCCAAUGUCACCCAAUGGGCCACCGAUGUCACCCAACGGGCCACCAAUGUCAUCCAAUGGACUACCAGUGCCACCCAGAAGGCCAAUGUCACCCAAUGGGCCACCGACGUCACCCAGUUGGCCAAUGUCACCCCAUGGGACACCGACACCACCCAAUGGGCCACCAUUGUCACCCAGUUGGCCAAUGCCACCCAAUGGGACACCAAUGUCACCCAGUGGGCCACCAACGUCACCCAAUUGGACAGUGCCACCCAAUGGGACACCAAUGUCACCCAGUGGGCCAUCACUGUCACCCAAUGGGCCACCAACGUCAUCCCAUGGGCCACCAAUGUCACACAGCGGGCCACCAAUGUCACCCAAUGGGCCAACGUCACCCAUUGGGCCACCAUUGUCACCCAACGGGCCACCAAUGCCACCCCAUUGGCCAAUGUCACCCAAUGGGCCAUCAUUGUCACCCAACGGGCCACCAAUGUCACCCAGUUGGCCGAUGUCACCCAACGGGCCACCAACGUCACCCAAUGGGCCAUCACUGUCACCCAACGGGCCGCCAACGCCACCCCAUUGGCCGAUGUCACCCAACGGGCCACCAAUGCCACCCAACGGGCCACCAACGCCACCCCAUUGGCCAAUGUCACCCAACGGGCCACCAACGCCACCCAAUGGGCCACCAACGUCACCCAAUGGGCCACCACCGCCCCCCCCAAGGAAGCCGCGCCCCAUGGAUCCGUGGCCACCAACGGUGCCACCACCGGAACCGCUGUCCCCAGGGGGUGUCCCCAGGCCGGAUGGCCCCGGUGGGCUGUCGGCCACCCUGGGGGGGUCCCGGGGGGGGGACAGCAGUGAGGACGAAGGGGGCGCCGCCCCCCACGGGCGCUACAUCCGCUACAGCCGCAGCGUGGUGACGCCGUCCCGCUGCCCCACGGCGCCGCCCCACGCGGCCGCCCGGCCCCACAUCCAGCAGCUGGACGGGGUGGACGAUGGGGGGGACAAAGUGGCGGGGGGGGGACGGCGGCCCCCCGGCGAAGACCUCCCGGCCGACAUCGUGGAGUUCGUCCUCCACAACAUGGCGGGCGCCAAUGGGGCCAACGGGGACAGCGGGUGGGGGGCCGGGGGGGGCGGGCGGAGGCAGCUGAUGGGCGCCGGGGGGGCGCGGGGGGGGGGCGGCCGUGGGGGGGACAGCCAUGGAGGGGGCCACUAUGGGGGUGGCGCCUAUGGGGGUGUCACCAACAGAGAUGUCAACCAUGGGGGUGGCUCCCAUGGGGGUGGCACCUAUGGGGGGGUCGACCACGGGGGUGGCACCCAUGGGGGUGACGCUCAUGGGGGUGUCACCAACAGAGAUGACACCCAUGGGGGUGGCACCCAUGGGGGUGUCCACCAUGGGGGUGUCACCCAUGGGGGUGUCACCCAUGGAGACGUCACCUACGGAGGUGGCACCUGGACCCAUGGAGAUGUCACCAACAGAGAUGUCACCCAUGAGGGUGGCACCCAUGGGGGUGGCACCCAUGGAGAUGUCACCCAUGGAGACGUCACCUACGGAGGUGGCACUUGGAACCAUGGAGAGGUCACCAACAGAGAUGGUGGCACCCAUGGGGGUGGCACCCAUGGAGAUGUCACCUACGGAGGUGGCACCCAUGGAGGUGGCACCCAUGGAGGUGACACCUGGACCCAUGGUGAUGUCACCAACAGAGAUGUCAACCAUGAGGGUGGCACCCAUGGAGAUGGCACCCAUGGGGGUGGCACCUAUGGAGGUGUCACCAACACAGAUGUCACCCAUGGAGACGUCACCUACGGAGGUGGCACCCAUGGAGAUGUCACCCAUGGAGAUGGCACCUGGACCCAUGGCGAUGUCACCAACAGAGAUGUCAACCAUGAGGGUGUCACCCAUGGAGGUGGCACCCAUGGAAGUGUCACCUGGACCCAUGGAGGUGUCACCCACGGAGGUGUCACCCAUGGAGACGUCACCCACGGAGGUGUCACCCACGGAGAUGUCACCCCCGGAGGUGUCACCUGGCCCCACAGCGACGUCACCGGAAGCCAUGGAGAUGUCACCUGGGCGAGCGACACCCAUCGCGGUGUCACCCAUAACCACCUCAUCAGUGUCACCCAUCGCGACGUCACCCAUCACGGCGGUGUCCCCUCCACGUCCCCGGAAGGGCCACCGAAGCGCCACAGCGACCUGCCAGGACCGGGGGGCAAACGGGCGCGGCUGGACGCCACCGGCAGCGGGGACAGCGCGGCCACCGGCUGUGUCCCAAUGCCGCCUCCGCUGCGCGACCCCAAAGAGGAGCCCGAAGAGCUCAGUGAUGGCAGCAGCACCGGGUCGCCCCCCCGCUGCAGCCCCCCCCCGACCGAAGGCCCCAUGGAGCCGCCGUGGGCUGUGUGUGCAGGUGGGAGCUCAGACGAUGAGGUGCCCCCCCCCCGCCCCCCCCCCCGGCUGCACCCCACCCCCCCCCCCGGGCCGCCCCCAUCUGCGCUUUGAGAUCAGCAGUGAGGA